AUGCGUCAAUCUGACGCUACAUUCUACAAGAACCUCGACCCUGCUCUGAUGUCAGCUGGAAAUGUACAUUCGGGAGCGGGGGAUACGGGAUCCCAGAGUUCAGAGGCAUCCGCUGACGACAAUGAUGAUGAUGGAGGCCAUGCUGACGAUGAUGAAGAGGAGGAGGAAGAUGAUGUCGAAGAUCAAGAAGUUAGCUGGGGAGCAGCGCAUGGGCGCCUUACUGCGCAUCCUGGUUUUUCGAAGGAAGUCGAACCAUCGCAACCUCGUGUCACCACUGCUCUUCCAACCGAUUUCGAGUUUCAAUACUCACACGAUGAGGAUGAAAACACAGCCGAGAAUAAUUUGGCAACUGAUGUGUCCAGUGACGAUGAGAAGCCCGCGGAGCAUACUGACGAUGUUCUGCAGGUUCACCACAAGCGAAACGGACACCCCCAUCUGCCUGAUCCUGCCGUCCUCGAGCUUUUGCGUCAGGCCGAGACCAAACCUCUCGAUUCAAAUAUCAAAGCUCGUAAGGUAUCAGCCAAGAUAGCAGGUGAAGGGCCCAAGGCCACGCAGCUGAGUUGGUAUGGUCCUUGUUGGAAGAAGUUUCUCGAGGACAUGAAGGGAGAGUGCCGUGUCGAGCAUGCGAUGGAGGAUCUGUUCCCGACCUUCGUUGAUGGCUUGUCGGGAAGCGUUUACGAGGUCCUUACAGCUUCGCUUGUACAAUGGCUUGAAAGCGGCCAACAAGUCGAAGGUGAUAUUUGGCCCGAUCACAAGCCCGACAUGGCCAAGCUUCUGUUUGAAGAUCUAUCUACAUGGCGCUCGGACCUCAAGAAAAUCGCUAUCAGUAUCGCACCCUCUAUGUAUGACAUAAUCCCACCAUCUCAUAUCCCCCCCCAAGAACGUGCUUCGUGGGUCCAAGAACGCGCUGCAACCUUACUCAAAAAAUCUCUUUUUUUGCGCAAUGGUGUAGAUAGUCUCGGGAAAACUCAAAACGUUGCUCACCCUGCGCUCCACGAAGCCACUAUUUCGUUCUUUUACACUGGAUCCUAUCGUGUCGCCCGCAGGAGACCAGAUAUUUUCCGUGAGCAGCUACCACUGGAAUGCUUAGCUUUGUUCAAUUGCGUCCUCGAUGGUUUAGUCAAGAACGGUAAUGGAAAGACAUACCCGAACUUUUCUUCCACGGAGUAUAAGGCUAUCUAUACCAAGAUGGUCAAGCUACUCAACGAUAUCAAGGAGCACCCUUAUCACGGACCGAAGCUCGCAAAACAACUUCGUUUAUGGGCAGAGUCCUUUAAGGUCGACGGCAGUGAUCUUUUGAAGCAUCAUCAUCUUCAAGUCCUGCUCAAUUGA